AUGGUGAAAUUGGUAUUGGUACUCCGCCUCAAAAAAUUCACCGUGCUUUUCGAUACCGGUAGUUCUAACCUUUGGCUGCCAUCAGCCUAUUGCAAUUUCUCGGUUGCAUGUCUAGUUCAUAAGAGGUACAAGUCAACGCGUUCGAGCACAUACGAGAAGAAUGGAACUGCCGCCUCAAUUAAUUACAUGACUGGAUCAGUCUCUGGUAUUUUUAGUAAAGAUGAUGUCAAGAUUGGUGAUAUGGUCAUCAAGGGUCAGGAUUUUAUCGAGGCGAUAAGGGAGCCUGGUAUAACAUUUGUGAUUGCUAAAUUUGAUGAAAUCUCUGUUGGAAAUGUUGUUCCUCCUUUUUACAAAAUGGUGGAACAAGGGAUGAAACCGGUAUUUUCAUUUUGGCUUAACCGUAACCCGGAGGAUGAAAAUGGUGGUGAAAUUGUAUUUGGAGGUGUUGAUCCAAGCCACUUCAAGGGAACACAUAUAUACUCUCUCGUGAGGGGAGAGGGUUACUGGCAGUUUCCUAUGGGUGAUAUUCUCCUGAACGGUAAACCCACUGGAUUCUGCAAAAAUGGAUGUGGUGCGAUGGCGGAUUCUGGGACAACUUCGAUUGCGGGUCCAGCGAGUGAUAUUGCGGUGAUAAACCAUUAUAUUGGAGCAACUGGAAUUGUUAACCUCCAAUGCAAGACUAUUGUGAAGCAAUAUGGAAAGGCCAUUUUGGAUUUACUUGUAGCUGGGACUCCACCAAAGCAAAUUUGCGCAUCGCUAGGUUUAUGCAGUUUUGGUGUCAGUAUGGGAAUUGAAUCGGUAGUGAAAAUGGAAAACGGAACAUUGUCAAGUGGUUUGGGAGAUGCACAAUGUACUGCAUGUGAGAUGACACUUGCUUGGAUACAGUAUCAGUUGAAACAAGGCAUGAAUGAAGAACAAAUAUUGAACUUCGUCAAUACGUUAUGUAAUAACAUGCCCAACGGCAAAACGGGAAUGUUAGCAGUCGACUGUACAAAAAUCUCGACCAUGCCCACAGUUUCUUUCACCAUUGCAGGCAGAAUCUUCACUCUUACUCCAGAGGAGUACAUUGUGAAGCUCGGGGGUCCUCUGGCUAUAUGCAUUAGCGGUUUUACAGCACACGAUGUUCCUCCACCUCGUGGACCUUUCUAUUGGACCCUGGGAGAUGUGUUCAUGGGAAAAUACCACACCGUAUUCGACUAUGGCAAUAAACGAGUUGGGUUUGCAGAAGCAAAGUGA